AUGAAAGACCGACAAGGAAAGAACGAAGAUGGGAUCAAUGCAGUAACUAUCGCCCCUGUGCCUCAGAGAGAGAGCUUCGAUGAAAAGUUCUCAGUCGAGGAGCUUGCAAGACGGCUCAAUGCGACUGUAGAAGAGGUUUUAGCUGCGAGAGAUCAUUCAAGAACGCUCACUCUGCAAGACACCCGCAAAGCUGCAGAUGCUCUUAUCUUCGAACAUGCCCUCGAUCCCAACUUUCCUGCGGGCGCGUUGGAGCGGCUCAAAAGAUUCCAGGCUAACGAAGAGAUGGUGGCACACCCUGAGAGUUACGAACAAGAGAUCUUGGAAGUGAAGGUCGAGGUGUCGCUACUCAUAACAAACAGUCCUUAUGCAGAAGUACGCGCUGUCGUUGAACCUCACGAUGACGUCAAUCUCCCUGUGUCAACGAUCCGCUCUUGGGCCAUUGGGUUGUUUUCUGUCGUCAUCGUUGCCUUCAUCAACCAACUGUUUAGUGUGCGGCAACCCUCCAUCUUUCUACGCUCUGAGAUUGUUCAGUUGUUGUCCUAUCCAAUUGGCAAGGCCGCAGAGAGGUGGCUCCCUGACGUUGGUUUGACGCUGUUUGGUGUCCGCCAUAGCCUGAAUUCCGGUCCUUUCAACAAGAAGGAGUAUAUGCUAAUCUCAAUCAUGGCUAACGUUGGCAAGACUCUGCCCAGCUCCAGGUACAUUGUUUUCACCCAAUGGAUGGACAAAUACUUUGGCCAACAUUACGCUAAAUCUUUAGCAUAUCAAAUUUUGCUUGCCUUGUCGACUAAUUUGAUGGGCUUUGGCUUAGCUGGUCUGACCCGAAGAUUCCUGGUAUACCCUUCUUUUUGCCUAUGGCCGGCUUCUCUGGUUACAAUCUCGCUCAACAGUGCUCUGCACAGUGAAACCAAUCGCCCGGUUACAGGGCCAUUCGCAAAAAUUUGGACAAUCUCGCGUUACCGUUUCUUCAUGGUUGCAUUUGUCGCCAUGUUUGUAUGGUUCUGGUUCCCAGACACUAUUUUUGGUGCGCUUUCGAUCUUCAAUUGGAUUGCCUGGAUCGCGCCUAACAACUUCACCUUGACGGCUAUCACGGGUAUCAAUAAAGGUCUGAGCUUCAACCCGUUCCCUACCUUUGACUGUAAUGUGGUCACACAUCACGUAGAUCCGCUCGUAGUACCCUUUCGAGUCACAUUUAACGCCUUUGUGGGGACUGUCCUUGGAGGCAUCACCAUCGCGGGUCUCUAUUGGACUAAUGCGUUCUACACCGGGUACCUUCCGAUCAACUCGAAUGCGAUGUACAAUCACCAAGGCGGACCUUACAACGUUACAAGGAUCCUUGAUCAUCGCGGUUGGCUCAAUGAAACAGCAUACCAGGCGUAUUCGCCUGUUUACCUUGCAGCUAGUAGUAUCACUAUGUACUACUUCUUUUUCGCCACAUACGCUGCUACCGUUUCUUACGCAGUUCUUUACCAUCGUAACGACAUCAUGCUUGGUUUCCGCAGUUUGGUGCGAAGCUUUAAGAAAGAGAAGACCAAUGACUUCAAAGAUAUCCACGCCAAGAUGAUGUCUUCUUACAAGGAAGUUCCCGAGUGGUGGUACCUCAUACUCAACGCUAUUGCUAUCGUACUCGGUGUUGUCGCCGUCGCCGCUUGGCCGACCGAGACUAGCGUUGGGGUCGUGUUUUUCGGUAUUGCCCUCGCACUGGUCUUCGUCAUCCCCACGGGGAUUAUCUUCGCUACAACUGGCAUGGAAGUCGAGUACAAUGAGCCUGGCAAUGCGCUUGCAAUGAAUUUCUUCAAGUGCUUCGGCUAUGUCACGACAGCACACGCGCUUGACUUUGCCAAUGAUCUUAAGCUGGCACACUACCUCAAAAUCCCACAGCGACACACAUUCUUCGCUCAGGUUAUCGCAGUCUUCGUGUCUGCGUUUGUCUCUACGGGCGUCAUGAACUUCCAGAUCCAGCACAUUACUGAUCUUUGCGAACCCAACCAGAAAGAUCGCUUCACCUGUCCAGGAGUGAACACUUAUUUCACGGCUGCAGUCUUGUUUGGCAGCCUUGGUGCCCGAAAAGUCUUUGGUACAGGUGGUAUAUAUACCAUACUGCUGUCAGCCUUCCCAGUUGGCUUUGUCCUACCGAUUGUCUUCUACCUGCUUCAACGUAGGCUGCCUCGCACUCAUUGGGCCGCAAAAAUUCACCCGGUUAUGCUUAUGCAAGGCGCCAGCUAUUGGAGUCCAUACAACUUGGCUUAUAUGUGGCCAGCAGUCAUUCCUGGAUGGUUUAGUAUGGUGUUCCUGCGCCACAGAUAUCUGGCAUUCUGGUCCAAGUACAACUACGUCUGUUCUGCGGCGUUUCAAGCUGGAAUCGCUAUCGCUGCAGUCAUUUUCUUUUUCGCAGUCAGUUACCCAGGUGUAUCAAUCGAUUGGUGGGGCAAUAAUGCGUCGAGUGGCUGUGAGCUGAAGACCUGCACGCUGUUGAAGUUACCAAAGGACAAGUACUUUGGGCUGCGUAUAGGAACCUACGCAAGCUGA